AUGACAAAGGCCAAAAAGGUCUUAGCUCCAACUCCCAUAACCUAAUUGCUUAAGAUUAGCUCAAAGCUUUGGAGUUUGGAACAGGAGUCAAAUUGGCUGUGAAGCUCAAAGGAGGAGUGUCUUUUUUGGGAGAGAGGAAGUACUAAUGCCUAUGACUUUCUUUAUUGUUGUUGUUUUCUUUGUUCUAUUCUUAUUUAUACACAAAUUCUGGGACUUUCCCACCCCUUUUCCUGCUGACUCUCUUCCUCCCUCUUUGACAAUUCUGGGACCACGGCGGAAUACCAAAAACCAAAGACUCCCUCCCCUCCGCUAAGCCACAACUCCCGAGCUUCAAUCAGCUGUAAGUCCUCCUCUCUUUCCACGUCUGGGAUGCGAAGGAGUAGGACCCAUCAUUUUCUUCACACUGCUCGAUGUCUGAAAUUACGGAAUGGUUUUACUUACCUUCGUGUUCUGCAGCUCUCUUAUAAAUAAUCUGGGCUUCCUGGGCUUAUUUCAAUUCUUUGGGUUGUUCUGCAGCAAACCCUUUUUCUUUGGUUAGGAUGUGGAUCUAGUAGCAAAUCCUUUAGGUCCUUUCUUCCUUGCUUUUCAUGGGGCUUUUCUCUAGUGGGCUUGGGGCUUUAUUUACUAACCCACGUUAAAAAUGGGCACAAACAAAAAGAAACAAAUAAAGAAAGAAAUGCUUUUAAUCCUGCUACGUGAAUGAAAAUGUACAGGCCACCACAAAGCUCUUGUUUUGAAAAUAUACCGGCCGAAUAAGGCACAGACAAACACUAUUCUACAAAUAUUUUACAAACGGUUGACGUGGUACUCAGCUUUUACAAAUAUUUUAUGUACUUUAAUAAUGUCAGCUUUUUAACUUCUAAAACCUCUCUCUGCGCCUCCUCUCUGCCUCAAACGUACGGCAGAUGACAUGGAGACACCAUGCAUGCUCAUGGUGGCACUGGCAGCGAUGGCAUUGCAACACCGUUCUCAGCCAUGGUUCCGGCGAGUUCUGUGGCGGCGGCGUUAGUGUGGAGAAAUUACGGCGAGCUGUGCAAGGAUUUGGGGUUAGAGACCGAAGAGCCGUCGUUCCGUCGCGAGGCAGAGGAGAAGCAGCGCCGUGAGUUAUUCCAGAAUUCUGAUUUGGGGUCGCGAGGCAGAGAAGCAGAGAAGUUUGAGGUGAGCUGCAGCGAAGUUCCGUCGUGAGGCAGAGAGGGUAAUGGAGGGUGAACCUGUUAAUGUGAACGAGUUUCAAGAGUUGGCGAGGCAAGCUCUUCCGAAAAUGCAUUAUGACUAUUAUACUGGAGGAGCUGAGGAUCAAUACACAUUAGAAGAGAAUGUGGAAGCAUUUCGUAGAAUUACAUUCCAGCCUAGACUGCUUGUAGAUGUAAGCAGAAUCGACUUUUCAACUACUGUAUUGGGUUACGACAUCUCAGCACCAAUUAUGAUCGCUCCAUCUGGUCUGCACAAGUUGGCACAUCCAGAAGGAGAGAUUGCCACAGCCAGAGCAGCAGCUGCGUCUAAUACUAUAAUGGUUUUGUCCUCCAUGUCUUCCUGCACUAUGGAGGAGGUUGCUUCCAGCUGCAAUGCCGUUCGGUUUUUUCAAUUAUAUGUAUACAAGAGCCGAGAUGUAUCAGCUCAGCUAGUUCAGAGAGCUGAAAGAAAUGGAUACAAGGCCAUUGUCCUGACAGUUGAUGUUCCCAGGCUUGGUCAAAGGGAAGCAGACAUAAAGAGCAAAAUGAUUUUACUGCAGAUAAAGAAUUUUGAAGGCCUCUCAUCAACCAAAGUUGACAAUGAUGAUGGUUCAAAAUUAGAAGCUUUUGCCAAAAGGACCUUUGAUGAUUCUUUGUGUUGGAGGGACAUAGGAUGGUUAAGAUCUAUAACAAAGUUGCCAAUUCUGAUCAAGGGGGUACUCACUCGUGAAGAUGCAAUAAAGGUUGUAGAAGUAGGUGUUGCUGGGAUUGUUGUCUCAAAUCAUGGAGCUCGCCAGCUUCAUUAUACUCCUGCCACGAUUACUGUUCUGGAAGAGGUGGUUCAUGCUGUUGGAGGGAAAGUUCCUGUGUUCCUUGAUGGAGGAGUAUGGCAAGGAACAGAUGUCUUCAAGGCAUUAGCCCUUGGUGCACAAGCCGUCCUUAUUGGAAGGCCUGCUAUCUAUGGGUUGGCAGCAAAGGGGGAGUAUGGGGUGAGAAAAGUCAUCCAAAUGCUGAAGGAUGAGCUUGAGCUCACCAUGGCACUAUCUGGCUGUCCUAGUGUGAAAGAUAUUACAAGAAGCCAUGUGAGGAUACAGCAUGAAAAAUUCCAUUCAAUGCUCUAAUAAAAUAUUGAAGCAUUAAGACUAAAGAAAAAUGUUUCAGAUUAUCAACCAUGAAUAGGUGUGGAAUAUGUUGAGAUUUCUUAAAUGAUCAAGUUGGCAUGUAGAUAGUGAAAUGGUACCAUGAAUACUAUCUUCUGCCUUAUCUAUUUCUGUUUCAUAAAUAAGUGUGGUUGUUAUAUAUGAGGAACCUUUUGGUCCAUGUUAGAGAUAAAGGUUCAGAGCACAACCCCAUUGUAUUAUCCUACUCUUAA